UUCCAGCUGAGUGCAGCCACUCAGAGGAAAAAAAAAAACCUUGACCCUCCCUUGUCUUAAUGGGCUUUUAAGUACAACACUUUAUGGUUUAUAAUGUAGAGUAAUGGUGAAGUCUGGGAGGGCUGGAGCAAGGCAGACGCUUGUGUUAGUAGACUGCAAUCCAGCAGGCAAUCUAGCUCAGAUUGAUGGUUGCUUGGCCUUCAAGGCGUGUCAAUUAGCAGACAUGCAAUUUGAGUCUGGUCUUUUCACAUUCGCAAACUGUUCGCAUGACCAGUAUGGCACCUUGAAGAAAGAUUCUUUCGAGGAGUCUAGUAAGAUCCAUCCAUUCAGAGGGGGUGUCACUAUUAAGUCAUCCACAGUUGUUCAGAGUGGCUGCACUGACUUUGUAGUUAAUGACACUCAACAGUGACGGGGCGGGGGAACCCAUUUUGGAUAUAUACUGAGGUCCCCGGGGGGACUGCAGCGACUUGUGGAUAGAUGACCUGAUUUCUAAUUUUCUCUCCUGCUUGAGCUGCGGACUCUUUUCUACAGCUACAAACACAAGAGACACGGCAAAGAAGGAUGGCAGUAUGAUUUGGACUGGAUCUAAUUGGAUUUUAUUUUCCACUUUUGAAAGAGGCAUGAGUGGCUGAAGCUGGUAUUCAAAACAUUCAGGAGGGCAGCCAUGGCUAACCUGCAGCAGGAAUACCCCGGAGUCCUCUUGGGGAUCCUUGAAGAACUGGACAACCUGCGUCAGUCGUUGACCUUUCAGGACCUUUGUCGUAUGGUCAGCACCCGCUUUGACCUGGAACACCUCAUAGAGCUCAGGAGUUUGUUGUUUGCUGCAGCUAGUCGGGACCCCUGUUUUCCAGCCACUCUUUUUAGGGAUCGGGUUUCCACCAGGGGAAAGGGGCUGUCACCAAUAGGUGUCGCUGCUGACAUUGUCACAAUCUUUAAUCUUAUUCAGAUGACGGGUGGAGCCACUGACGACAGUCAACCAAUGAGAGCUCAGGCGGUCCUGCCUGCGGACCAGUCCCCACAUCCCAGUCUGCCCGGGAUCCACCAGCUGAACGUUCCUCGCAAGGAGAGAGCCCGCACUCGCUCUGAUUCCAGUGCAAGCCUAAUUGACAACCAUUUGCUCUUUCCACAUUCCAAUUACUCAGUACGCAAGCGGGGCAGUCUUCCUCCCGAUCCUAUCUCAUUUGUAUCGCCCCUUCCCGUCAGGACACGGGCGGUAUCUUUUGACUUGCCUCACACCACACUUUUGUACUGCAGCGGGCAGAGCCCCGGCAAGGCCAUGAAGGAUAUUUACUUGCCUUUGGAAACGGACAGUGAAUCGAGUGGCGAUUCAGCUCCACUUGAGGUGUUUGAAACCGAACAGGAAUCGGCAAUCGACCAAAAGAGAAACAUCUUCAAGAAGGACUUCCACAAUCAGCCGCCUCUCGUACCACAGGUGACCGUCAACAGUGAGUCUCCUAGUCCUAAGGGGGAGAAAGGCUUGGACAAUCACAGCUUUGAAACGAUCCCUAACCCUUACCCUUCACCCACCACAGUCCAGCAGGCUCUGGAGCAGCAGACAAAACAUGAGAGUCAGGAUGACCUGCAGGACUCCACUUAUUUCGGACCUGGUUCGAUCCCAGAGCGGUCCCCGAAACACUUGCACCCUACCAGAAGUCAACGACCCCUCUGGAGUAACAAAAGUCACAGUCUGGAGGACCGGGUCAGCCCGGCUCAUGCCGGUAUGGGACCUGAAACCCGUGGUGUAAAACUGCCGAGGCGAUCAAGGCCUGCGAUAAGCAAACUUGGCGGUUCUUUGGGGGGUGAGAUUGGGGACGUUGAUUAUGAUGGGAUGAAGGCUCAAGGAACCCAGACUGACCCUCCGGACACCAGGCGUCUCCGUAGCCUAGUGCACGCCGACCGGCUGUCCUUCAUGACUUCUUUAGAUGACCCAGACUUUGCUGAUGAUGACAUUAGUGCCAUCUUCCGCUUUUUAGAUGACAUAAGCAUGUGCGGCUCCACAGGAGUCCUGCAUCCUCUCGAUGGAUCAGGGGGUCUCAACCAGGAUACCCCAGAAGCCAGACGGGGCCGCCUCGGCCAACUCCAGAGGCUUUUCCAUUCUCUGGAAAGCAGUGAUGAUGGACUAAAAGCCAGUGUGUGUAAACUGCUGCUCCGUAUGAGCCAGAUUGAGCGACAGUUGGAAUCACUGAAUGAUGUCAAAGCGGAGAUUUCCCAGGUGUUAUCGGCUUUGCAGCGACUGGAUGAAAAGAUUCCGCAGCCUGCUGUUGGUAGUGGACAAAGCAGCGGUGGACGAUGGCUGGAGCCCCUCAGCGGCAUCUCCUCCUUCAUGAGCCAUCCUAUUACCCCCUCUGAGUCAUCUGAGCCUCAACCUCUCUCUGUAUCAGAGCAUCUCUAUCCCGCAACCAGCACCGAUAGUCUGGACUGGAACCGAUGGAACACUCCUGGGGAGCAAACAGAAAGUGGCAAAUGUCAAGGUGACCCAAAAAUGGUGAAAGACACAAAAUCUCGUCAUACCUCGACAAACGAGACUGGGGAGAGAGGGCCAUGUGAAUUUAAGCAAGCAAACGUGUCAAGCACGGCAAAAGACUGGAUGGUGUCUUUCUCCAAAAUUAAAGGUGGCAAGCCUUCACAAGGAAAAUCUGGGCAGGAAGACCAAUCAAGCAGAACCGGAAAACUUCUCUCCCAGAAGUCGUCCAGCUUGGUGGAGCAAAUGUUUAGCUCGUCCUUGUUUGGCAACAAAGAAAACAGCCUGACUGGUGGCCUCACUGCAGGGAAGAUUAUGGACCCCAGACUGGCUGAAGGGAGAGGAAGAUCCGUCUGGACUGUAGACGACCUAGAGGCACGAGUCUCCCCUUUUGAUUUACAGGCCCGUGAUUCUCUGAACCCUAACAAUGUGGAGUUCUGGAUGGAUGAUAUUUACACUCCGGGCUAUGACGCCCUACUCAGACGGAAAGAGGCCGACCUCCGCCGGGCCAAAGUUUGCAAGUUGUUGGCACUCAUUGCUGUUGCACUAGCUAUCAUUCUCAUUAUUGUGAUUCCCAUUUUUACCGUUCGAUCAUGAGCGGUUGCUUUGUGACAUUUUGCACAUCUACUGUCAAGUUUCUCCUAUUGGAGACCAAAUCAAAGUCAAAUUCAAAUUCAAUUCAGAUACUCUCUUUAACUUUGGAAUUGGGGCCUCCAUCUGUGAAUGCUACUUAAUGCUAUUUAAAACUGAGCCAUUAUCGCAGAUAUAUAAAUGCCUUGACAAGUCACUCCCGAAAGCUCUCUGGCUCUCUGUAAUCAUCAUUGUUUUGGCUUUCCCUUGAAAAAUGACAUAUGACAUAUACCGUAUAUGUCUCAUCAGCACGAGUUUCAAAUAUACAAUUUUCUCUUUGUUUUUGCCUUCUGAAACCUCAUCUCAGCUAUCAAAACUACAGAAUGCAUGUGGUAUAUCUGCACAAGGAAUGUAUUUGCAUUUUAGGGUCGGUUUUCAAGAAGAGAAUGUCUUGCUGCUGCUAAGGUUGGUGAUAAGGAAGCGGAAACAUUAUCCAGCAAACUCUCUCUUAGAGGGAGUUUCCACUUGUAAUUCGAUUGAUGGGCUGUUUGGAGUGCAUCCUAGAACAUUAGCUUUUCCCUCUACUCAGUCAGCCAAGGUUUUACCCAACAUGUCGACUCAAUAACAAUUUCAUUUCUCCUCCCCUCACAGUGACGAAUGUGGUUUCCACUGUGGUGUGAAAUUCCAUUUUGUUAAAAGUUCCUGUUCAACCAAGAGGUAUAGACUGGCUUUUGGUGCCAGGCUGUUAAUAGUGGUCAAAUGUGUUCAGCAAAUACAUGUGUAACUGAUUUUAAUAACAGUACACCUUUUCUAAUUGCUUUGUGAUUAGAAGCUGCGGUAUGUGUGUUUGUAUGACUUAUUUUGCAUCAUUCACUCUUAGAAAGUCAAUGAAAUCUACAAUUAUUAAUGUUAUGUGAAUUAUACUGUAUGUUCACCCCAUGUUCAUCAUUUGAUAUAAUGGACUUGCUUCCUUUCUGAAUUCUGAUAUUUUUGAUAGAAUCACUGAGGUUACAUUUCCAAAACAUGUUCGUUCUUUCCAGACCUAAAAAAGUUGCCUCUUGCCUUGAGUGCACAAAUAUACACAGAUUGUAUUAAUGAGAGUGUGUUUUGCUUCAGUGCAUCCUCCUAAGUGGAUAUACAUCUGCCGUGUGUUCCUCACGAGAGUGUUUGUGGAUCCAUUACCAAUGUUGCCACUAAAGAAGUCGAACUGUGUAGUCAGCACAAUAUGCAGGUGCUUUCUCUAAAACUUGUGUGCAUUAGAGCCUCUUAUUACCCUUUCUCCCCCUGAGAUGCUUUCAUGAAUUUUAGACAUUGUUGUUGCAUUCUCAGGUAAAUGGGCACUUCUUGUAAAUGAAAAAUACGAUAAAUAGAAUAUUGCAGCACAAGUUAGUGGGUGGCAGCACUUGGUGAAAAUGGCACAUAUUCGUUCACAACAGCAAAGUGGGGCGAUGCCUUUGCAUAGCAUUAAAUGAGAUGAUUUAUAUGAACAAUAAAACAUUGUUGAAAGAACAAAUGUGAUGAAAGACAAGGCUACAUGUAUUAAAGAUUUUAUUCAACCCCUAUCCAUCCAUUGUCUGUACCAGUGAUUCUCAAAUGGGGGUAUGCGUACCCCCGGGCUCUGUGAAGGCACAUCGUGGGUUAUGUGAGAUUUUAUAAUAUAUUUUAAAAAUAGCAUCCAUGCAAAAAAAACUAAAAAAGUUUGAUCACUGCAGUUACCUCACUGCCACCAAAAAUAACAAAUAUCCUCAUCGAAGCACAAGUCCAAGUGUCUCACUAAAUGCUGAACGAAUUCAACAACAAUGCAGUUAUGUUUAAUGUUGACCA